GGUAGAGAGUGGUGCUGCAUGUUCCUGUGAAGUUGUGGAGGAAUUUCUUGGAUGCGUGAAACAGUACCCUACUUGAUUCGAAAAUUAAAGUCCUACAAUCGCAUACCAAUUAAUGGUCCACACCUUUUGUUGUGAACUUGCAAAGCACUUCACAUGUGAACAACACUUAAAUAUUCUACACAAUACUUUUCUCAAAUUUGGGUCAAAUAUUAUAACGCCACAAUUUUUAUUUAUUUAUGUAUGAAUAAUUAUUAUUCCCAAACUAGGCUGACGAUAUAUAUAUACAUACGCAGAAUACCAAUAUUAUUAAUCAUUAUUUUUUAUUGCUUUUAGUCUUGUGAGAGAAAAGAGAAAGUGAGAUAAAUAUUUAUAUAUAUACAUAUAAGUACUUCAUUCAGAAAAAUAUUAUAAUUAUGGAUUUAUUAUCGCACAAAAUUGACAAGAGCAGUUUGAAGAUUGGAGAUCACAUCUACACUUACAGAAACCUACACACAUGCACCAUUCAUGGAAUUUACGUGGAAAACGAUCGAGUGAUUUACUACAAAAGUAAGAACAACAAAAGCAAAUAUAGCGGAAAUUGUGAAAGGUGUGGAUACAAUCCAACAAGGAGUAGAGGAGUGGUGAAAUCGUGUUUGGAGUGUUUCCUUCAAGGCCACGGGCUGUACCUGUUCCAGUACGGAGUCUCCGAUACCCAUUGCUUUAUUUGGCGAUCGGGAACAUGCGACACUGGGCUGCAGAUAGAACAUCGUCCUACUAUUGUUAAUAAUGCGAUGGAGAUGCUAAAGGAGAGUGAGAGUAGUAGAUUAAUGCUAAAUAACGAUCUCAUUAAUGGGUGCUACGAUUUUUUCGACAAAAACAACAUGUGCUUCGCGCUUACGUGCACGAAGACGAAUAGAAAUAUUGCGACAUGCAUACAAGAGAUUUCUGCCUUGUCUAAAUUGCGUGUCCUUGUGCUUGGAUGGCAUGUUGUUAGGCUGUUCUCUAAUUCGCCAAUUGAUCAGAUCUUAGCUAUCAUAAAGUUGUUAGAAUUAAUCAAUAAAUAAUAGCACAUGCAAUACUGCGGGGUGUGUACUACUGGCUUAUAUUUAUAUUUCAACCAAAUCAAAGUAAAUGUUGAUGGUGUACUCUUUGCUAGUGAGAAGAGGUACGGUGUAGGACCAGUUUCUCGUCUUCAGCUGGAGCAAUUAUUCUCACAAAAAAUAUGAAUAAGGUUGGUACAUUUCAGUCCCAUGAGGUAGAAGCUAUUGGAAUAAAUGAGGCUUUGAGUUGGAUCAAGAGUACUGGCUGGACUAAUGUGAUUGUUGAGUCUGAAUAUUGUCUUAGAGUGAUUAAUGAUGUAAAAAAGAAUAAACUUAUGGCUUCUCCUUAUGGCCAUAUUAUUUUAGAUUGUAAGGCUUUGUUGGCCGAUGUUAGUAAUGUCUCUUUAUGUUAUUAAGCGGUCUGCUAAUUAAGUAUUUAUAAUUUUGUUAAAUUCUUAAAAUGGAUCCUGUAGGGACAAAAAUAAUUAAUAAUGUCACUGUGAUAAAA